UGAUAAAACGAUGAAGAUAAAUUAUAUCGGGGUUUUUUAUUAAUAAACCUAAAAUAAUAUUAGAAAAUUGAUGUUUGAUAAAUUUUUAUGUUGAGAAGACGUAAAUAAUUGAUUUUGUAAUUAACACCUAUCAUACAUUUGAUUCCAUCUUUAAUCCCUUUAAAUAUUUAUUAAAUAUGAGAUAUUAUGUUCAUAUUCCCUUUAUUAUUAUUAAUUUUGAGUCCUCUUUGUUUUUCAUAUCUUCUCCGCAAUAAAACUCACACACCGUUUACACAUUUUAAAUCGCAGUCCUAUGACGAUUCCGCCUUUAGAACACCGCUUCCAGGAGAAGAAAUCAGACUACCCAAAGUUAAUGAACCUUCCGGUGAAAUUCUGUUAGAUAGGCCUUUGAUUGAGAAGGUGGCCUAUCUGAGAACCUUCAUUGAAAGUAUAGAGAUAAACAGAGGUAAAAAGCCGGAUAAUGAAGAAUGUGAGCAGACAGAAGAUAAGGAUUCAAAUGUACAAAAUUCUGAGAAUGGAAACAAGAUUGUUGAAAUUAAUGAAGAGAACUUGGAACCAAUAAGGGAGCUGUUGGCCGAGGAAGACCUCUUGGAGGAAGUUCUAUCCAACGCCUUUUUUACGUAUAAAAAUAGUAAAGAUGGUGAAUCGAUUCAAAGACUUCAAGCAAUCGCAGAACAAAUAGUACCAAUAGCUUCUAAACUUAGAAAAGAAAAGUCAGAACUAAACAUUAGCAGACUGAUAGCAUGUUAUAUGAACGGAGAAGAGGAUUUGGACAAGGUUCUACAUGAACUUCAGGAGAAAAGAGCUCUUGAUAAGUAUUUAUUGAAAAGAUUGGAUGAGUUAAUAAACUUAACUGCUAAGAAAUACAGGAUAAGUGAUAGUCACCCAGCAGUUUCAGAGGAGUUUCUGAAGGUUUUAAAGGACAGGAUAGCUGCAGAAAGAAUAACAUACAUCAGAGGAACAGAUGUGUAUGUUAAAACUCUGGCACGGUGUUUUACAACAGAAGAUGAGGAAGAUUGGAACAUUAUCAUAAAGGAAAACAUAAAAACGAUGGAAGAAUUGGAGGAGUUCUAUGAAUGGAUCCAAGAUGGGAUAGAAUAUUGCAGAAAAAACAACAGAAUGAUGGAUAAAGUGGAAAUAAUGGAGAAGAUAAUUCCAUUGGUUGUAAGACAACAUCCAGUAUGGACUCCGAGAGAUGAACACAUAGAAUAUGAGGAAAAUCCAAUGGAUGAAGAAAAGUAUAAGGAGUACAAAAAGUAUCUUGAAGGGGACUAUUUUGAAAAGAAGGGACUAAACUGA